CCUCAACAUGUCACCGAUGCCACUUCAGUUUCUGCUUCUCUAACUCUUCAGGCAACAUGGAAACUCUCUAUGUAAACCAAACUCUAACGCAACUCCUUUCAUCAAAACCAAAACUCCCACUCUCUAAUUCUAUCACUCCCCAAAGCCUCUGCUUCUUUCCCAAGCCAACAAUCCUCUCCAAGGCCAACAAGAAUUUUGCUCUAUUUGCUGUUCAAAACCAAGAAACAGGGAACACAGUUGAAGCAAGCAUCGGCGAUGAAUCCUACGGUGAAGUCAGCAAAAUCAUCGGCAGCAGAGCUCUCCCCGGUGGGAAGGGGAUGGAAUACUUGAUAGAGUGGAAAGACGGUCACGACCCUUCAUGGGUUCCACAAGAUUUUAUAGCCGAGGAUGUGGUGGCUGAAUACGAGACCCCAUGGUGGACAGCGGCUAAGAAAGCUGACGACAAGGCCUUGGCUCAACUUUUAGCAGCAGAGGAAGAUUGGCGCGACGUGGAUGCUGUAGACAAAGAUGGCAGAACAGCGCUCCUCUUUGUGUCCGGUCUUGGCUCGGAGCCCUGCGUUAAGAUCCUAGCUGAAGCCGGAGCUGAUAUUGACCAUCGUGAUAAUGCUGGCGGGUUAACGGCUCUUCAUAUGGCAGCAGGGUAUAUAAAGCCUGGUGUGGCUAAGCUUUUGUUGGAUCUCGGGGCAGAUCCUGAAGUGGAAGACGACAGGGGUUUGACACCAUUAGCUUUAGCAAAAGAGAUUCUGAAGGUGACCCCAAAAGGGAACCCAAUGCAAUUUGGGAGAAGAUUGGGGCUUGAAAGUGUGAUAAAGGUGUUAGAAGAGUCGAUAUAUGAGUAUGCAGAGGUGGAGGAGAUAUUGGAGAAGAGAGGGAAAGGUGAAAACUUGGAGUAUUUGGUGAGAUGGAAAGACGGUAGCGAUAAUGAGUGGGUUAAAGCAAGGUUUGUGGGUGAGGAUUUGUCGAGUGACUUUGAGGCAGGGCUGGAGUAUGCAGUCGCGGAGGCAGUUUUGGGGAAACGAAUGGGGGACGAUGGAAACAACGAGUACCUUGUGAAAUGGGUGGAUAUGGAGGAGGCCACUUGGGAGCCGGAGGAGAACGUGGACACUGAUUUGGUAAAGGAGUUUGAAGCAGGACAGGUCGAGGCGCCUUUCAAGAACCAGCAGCCGAGUUUGGAUUGAUGUAAACGGUGGCUGUGAAAUCAAAGUGUAGACGAUUGGAUUUUUGGUCUUGUAAUUUCCUUCUCUUAAUUACGACUGUUUUGAUUGAAAAAUGGGACGUCAGCCAUUGGUCCUAUAAUGGAUAUUAUUUGCAUGUC